GUUUAAAACUCUAGGAUACCUCCAUGAAUAUCUUAACAAUUGAAAGGAGGAUUAAUAGCGGCUGCCAUAAAAGAAUUAACGCGACAGCCCUUGCACAGAAACAACAGCCCGACACAGUGUCUACAAGACGACUACUUACACUGCUUACCUCUCCAUUUAACUCAUACACCAACACAGCUACAGCUAUAUCAUCAUAACCACCAACCUAUUUGCGACUUUAACAAUGGCUCCAACCAAAGUGGCAAUCUUGGACGACUACCAAGGAGUUGCUGACCCCUUCUUCAAGAAACUUGACCCAUCCAAGUAUGAAGUCGUGUCUAUCAAGGAUACGUUGCUGCCUUACAACCACCCAGACAGCUCACAAUCGAACAAGGAUGCUCUAGUUGAGAGAUUCAAGCCCUUCGAUGUUAUCUGCACGAUGAGGGAGCGCACACCCUUCCCUCGAGAGUUGAUCGAACAACUCCCUUCCCUUAAGCUUCUCCUCACCACAGCAUUUCGCAAUAGAUCAUUGGACCUAGAUACCCUCAGAGAACGAGGGAUCCCAGUUGCCGGAACAGUUGAUAAGCCCCGGAGCGGCAAGCCGGUGCUCGCUGGCACGGGCAGCACCACUCAACACUGCGUCACUCUCAUCCUCUCGCUCGCUCGAGGCAUCGCCAGGGAUGACGCCGCUGUCAAGGAGGGACUGUGGCAAACCGGACUUGCGACUGAUCUCUCAGGGAAAACUUUGGGUGUCCUCGGCCUCGGGAGAUUGGGAAGCGCAGUCGCGAGGAUUCUCAACGUCGCAUUGGGUAUGAAGAUUAUCGCGUGGAGCAGCAACCUCACACAGGAGGCGGCAGAUGAGAAGGCCAGGGAAGCCGGUCUUCCUGUUGAGGAUGGGGAGGGUGAGAAGACGUACAAAGUGGUAAGCCGAGACGAGUUCUUCAGAACUGCCGACGUGGUGUCUGUCCACCUUGUACUGUCUGAUAGGACACGCGGCAUAGUCAACAAGGAGGACUUGGCAAAGAUGAAGUCGACAGCCUUGUUUGUCAAUACCUCUCGCGGCCCCCUCGUCGUGGAGAGGGAUCUUCUCGACCAUCUCAAGGCUGGUCGUAUCAGGGGCGCAGCUGUCGAUGUCUUUGAGCCGGAACCUCUCCCCGCUGACAGUGAGUGGCGCAACAAGAACUGGGGUCGCGAUGGAUCAAGCCAGGUUCUGGUCACCCCUCACAUGGGCUAUUGCGAGGAGGACACCAUCAAGUCGUGGUAUGAGCAACAGGUUGAGAACAUUGAGCGAUGGGCUGCCAACGAGCCGUUACACAACGUAUUCACCUAGGUAUGAUCGGCGAAAGAGAAAAGACAAGGACAAGGCUUCUGGAAGAUGCUUAUGUGCAGAACUAAGUUUCAUCUUGACGGUAGAGGAAAAGCAAAUCUGAACAAACAAGAACGACUGCAUACAUCCAUGACCUUGACAGUUCAUCGUGAUAGGCUCUAUCAAUGAAACAAUGGGAACGAAUCCUCUGAUAUGCAUGAGACUGCAGUUGGCGAUCGGCGUGUUGGGACGGGCCUACCCGUUGCAUCCCUGAUGAUACGACGGCCCCAGACUUUUUGAUAUGUG